AUGGUAAAGUUUGACAUUGACGAAUGUAACCUUCUCCAUCCGCCAUGUCAAAAAUACUUAUGCCAAAAUACGAUUGGUGGUUACAAAUGCGAUGGCGUCAGUGGUGACCCUGCCAGCUUACCUAUUAAUCGGCAAGGGAACGAUGAGCGGUGUCCACCAGGGUUCCGCCUUAAUGUCAUUGGAGAGUGUGAAGACGUCGACGAAUGUGCUCUUCGUAAAGAUGACUGCAAUCCGCUUUCCCAGUUCUGUAUCAACACGCACGGCUCCUACCACUGUCAGAAUCAUGUAUCUAAGCACUGCCCGCCAGGAUUCCAGAUUGACCCUGUGACAAACAAAUGUGAAGAUAUCAACGAAUGCGAUGACGGUGAAGACAUCUGCAGACAGGAUCAAAUAUGCGUUAACGUGCCUGGACAAUACGACUGCAAACCAAGAACCGACAGACGCAACACCAAAUGUCCUGAUGGUAUGCGAAUGAAACCAGGAACCGAUGUUUGCGAAGAUAUCGACGAGUGUUUGGAAGGCACUCAUCUUUGCGAUCAACACCAGAACUGUCUUAACACCAACGGUAGUCACGAAUGUUUGUGCAAACUGGGAUUUGAACUGGAUGUUACUACCGGAGCUUGCAUGGAUGUAAACGAAUGUGCGUCCAACCAGCACAACUGUAUUCCCGGUUCACAAAGGUGCGACAACACGGUUGGGUCUUUCCUAUGCAUCAGGUUAACUUCUUGCGGGACGGGGUAUAUACUUCACCACACUACUGGCACAUGUGAAGAUAUCGACGAAUGUGCCCACGGCACUCACAAUUGCCACCACGCUGGUCCUAAUUAUCAAUGCGAGAAUCACCCAGGGUCCUUCCGUUGCGUACGCAAAAAACAAUCAACCACUCUACCUCCAGAUUAUUACGAAUAUUAUGAAUCCGGGGAAGAAAUGGAUGCCAACCAGACAGACCCCAAAGACCCGGUCCUAGAAAAUAAAACACCAUCAACGACAACAACAACCUCUACAACCCCAGCUUCCGCAGGUUGGAAUGAUUUUGACCUGGAAAAACCAGUUCCACCUGUUAUAUCUGAUGAAAAUGACAUAGAGGGCGAAAAAACAGUUUUUUCUGAAUUUAAACCGAAUCGAGAAGAUGACCUACUAACUAAGACAAAUGUACAACUCGAAACCUUUAAACCAAUCGAACCAGAAGUGUCUAAACAACCAGAAAUUAAACCAGUAACACCAAGACACCCUGAAGAGGUUAGGCCUGUUCAACCAAUUCAACCAGAAACACCGAGACAACCGGAAAACGUCGAACCAAUAGACCCAGAAUUAUCAAAACAUUCUCAAGAUGUUAAACCAAUUAUCAGACCAAGCCAGCCUGAACAACCAAAGUAUGAUGAACCACAACAACCAGAAGUAAGACCAAUUGAGCCAAAACCAACGGAUCAUCAUGUUAUAUUACAACCAGAAAUCCACAACUCUGAAAAGUCUGAACCUUCGCCGACUCCGCCUCAAGUAGUUCUCAUAGAUGUUGGUAAAGAAACAGCUACAAUUGAUGGGAAGAAAAUGGAUGACGGAUCAGUUUUUGUUGAUACUCGUGAUGUGCCUAAAAAUGAAUGGACGAAGUUAAAUAGGAAACCUAGCGUCAGUUGUCCACCUGGGUUUGAAGCCGAUGCUAAUGGCGUUUGUCUUGAUGUUGAUGAAUGUGCAACACAUCGUCACAUCUGCUCAGGACUCACAGAAUUCUGCCGCAACACCAUAGGAGGUUACCUGUGCGAUUGUGCCCCUGGCUUCCGCAGGGAGCUCAGCUCGGGCCUAUGCGAUCAUAUUGUUACUACGCCUAGCAGUACCUCGACUGCGCCUACUACUCCUGCUGCGGAGAGAAACACAACUUUAUUCUGGGGCUAUCACGAAUACAGACCAGUUGGCACUGCAAGACCUUUCAAACCACGAUUCAUGUGCGAUGUUGGUUAUUUUUACAAUUCUCACACUAGGGCUUGUGAUGAUAUCAACGAAUGUACAAACGGGCAAGCGAACUGCGCGGACGUAGAAAUCUGCGUAAAUACAAAUGGAGGGUACCGGUGUGAAUGCCCUCCGAACUGGAGACUGGAUGAAGUGAGGCACAAAUGCUUACCGAAUAGGAAUCACGGACAAUUCCCAUCCGGAUACGCUAAUGAACCUGUUAAAUCAGCGCUGAAUUUGUAUCACCGUCAUCAUCCACAGCCUGACUUCAAUACUACUGAGUAUAGGUCUCUCGUAAUUUGCCACUCACCACGAUCCAGGGGAUCACUCGAGUUCUCCAUUGUACAACAGUCCGAAGCAACUUACUGUCAAGUAUGCGUGGACGUGGACGAAUGUACAGAGCAUCCAGCAGGAUCUCUAUGCGAGCAUCGCUGUAACAAUGUGUGGGGAGGAUACCGAUGCUCUUGCCAUAGAGGAUACAGACUCAAUCCAGAUAAUAACAGCACAUGUAACGACGUCGACGAGUGCACUGAGUACAAGAACAGGAUCUUGUGCGUGGGGAAAUGCCUAAACGAACCCGGCAGCUACCGCUGCACUUGCCCGUCAGGUUACAGGCUGUCUGAAGAUAAGAAAAGCUGUAUUGAUAUCGAUGAAUGCGAAACUGGGGAAGCAACUUGCGCUACAGGAGGUCAGUACGCGGGCACCAGUGACGUCUGCCUGAACACCAGAGGAAGCUUCCGGUGCCAUCGCAUUGUUUGCCCGCAAGGGUAUAAACUCGAGAGCAAACACCGAUGCACUAGAAUAGAAAAGGUCUGCCCACCGCACGAUUGGGAUUGUGCACACCAGCCAACAACGUACUCUUACAACUUUAUAACCUUCGUUUCUAACCUCUACAUACCCGAAUCAAAGGUGGAUCUAUUUACAAUGCGAGGUCCAGCUUGGCCAAAUGCGAAGAUGAGGUUCCAGCUACGUCUGGUGGAAGCCAACGCACCGCCUAACGUUAAAAAUAAGGCAGAUAUUAACGCAUUCUUAUUGGUGCACACUCAAAAUCAAGCGGUAAUGUCAUUGGUCCGUUCUUUAACCGGUCCCCAAAGUAUACAUCUGGAAUUAUCUAUGGAACUCUAUAACGGUGACCAGUUUGGAGGUAUAGCUGUAGCCAGAAUAUACAUUUAUGUGUCCGAAUAUGAGUUUUAAGUGGUUGUACUAUAGGUUACGAAUAAAUUCCGGCGUUAGUCUGAAUCAUCUGAAUACUACAUCGUCACUUCUGGCUAGCGGCAUUAUUUUUUCAGAUAAUAUUUUUGGUCAUCUUGUGUCAGCUCUUGCCAGUGACAGUAUUUAGGAAC